GAGGUGGACUGGAUUCCCUCCGUUCUAACGGGCCUGAUUGGGUAGCCGGGGUUCUAAAGGGGUGUGGCUGAUCUUGACCGAGAGUUAUAAAAUCGUUUGUUGGUCAGAGGCCACCCUCAUUAAAGUGAGGGUGGCAGAGUGGAGUUGGUAGGUCUCGCAGAGGGGAAGCAGGAAGUAGAAGAAGUGGGGUGGUGACGGGGAAAAUAUCCUAAAAAUAUACAUUUGCAAACUUCCUAAACAAGAAGAGCCAGCAUCCACUCAGCGGGGGCUGUUUGAACCCCCAAGUCAAUAAAGGAUAGGUUCCUGAUCAGAAGGGAUCCAAGUAUCGAUUAAGGCGUGUAUGUGAGCCCUCCAGAGGUCAGGGUAAAUCGCGCUACUUUGAAACCUCUGUGCAGACCCAACACAAUGAAUUCCAAUGUUGAAAACCUGCCUCCACAUGUGAUCCGGCUGGUCUACAAGGAAGUCUCCGCUCUAACAUCAGAUCCACCUGAGGGCAUCAAGGUGUUUCCCAAUGAGGAGGACAUUACAGAUGUGCAGGUCACCAUUGAAGGACCUGAAGGUACUCCUUACUCUGGUGGCCUCUUCCGCAUGAAGCUGAUUCUCGGCAAAGACUUCCCUGCCAGUCCACCAAAAGGCUACUUUCUGACCAAAAUCUUCCACCCCAAUGUGGGUGCCAAUGGGGAGAUCUGUGUCAACGUCCUCAAGAAAGACUGGAAAGCAGAACUUGGCAUCCGACAUGUCCUGCUGACCAUCAAGUGUUUGCUGAUCCAUCCCAACCCGGAAUCCGCCCUAAAUGAGGAAGCAGGGCGCCUCCUGCUGGAGAACUAUGAGGAGUACGCUUCCCGAGCUCAGCUUCUAACCGAGAUUCAUGCCCAACCCUCCUCCGGCUUGCAUACAAAGAACCCUGCUGAGCCUUGCUCCUCUUCAGCAGGUGCCUCCGGGGAGGGUCCCAUGGCCAAGAAACACGCAGGUGACAGAGACAAGAAAUUGGCUUCCAAGAAGAAGACUGACAAGAAGCGAGCCCUUCGGCGGCUUUAGGGGAUGGGGGGGUGAGGUUUGAGGGUCCGAAACAGGCAGGUUGUGGGCAUUUGGGGUUCCAUAGUACAUAUUCAAUCUCCUCUUUUCCUCUGCCACCUUCACUUUGAGACUGCAGUCCAACUUUGUCUUGCCCUUGUCGGGUUUUUCUUUUCAGUCUUUAAGUUAUUUAAAUUAUAAAAG